CUUUAAAAACACUCUCUCCCUUUUAUAAAUUCUUCUCGUCACUCCCCCCACCUCUUCACAUCACUUCUCUCUCUUUCUUUCCUCCAACGAUGGGUCAAAACAGCAGUGGCCUCAACCGCCAAGGCGGUCCUCCGGGCGACCGCAAAUCCGACGGCGAUAAAAAGGAGAAGAAAUACGAGCCAGCAGCACCACCUGCGCGCGUCGGCCGAAAGCAGCGCAAGCAAAAAGGACCCGAAGCAGCAGCUCGUCUUCCCACUGUAACCCCAUUAACGAAGUGCAAGCUCAGGCUUCUGAAGCUCGAGAGAAUCAAGGAUUAUCUUUUAAUGGAGGAAGAAUUUGUUGCUAAUCAAGAAAGGCUUAAACCCCAGGAAGAGAAAACUGAGGAAGAUCGUUCUAAGGUUGAUGAUAUUCGUGGGUCUCCCAUGAGUGUUGGGAAUUUAGAGGAGUUGAUUGAUGAAAAUCAUGCCAUUGUUUCUUCUUCUGUUGGGCCUGAGUAUUAUGUUAGUAUUUUGUCGUUUGUUGAUAAGGAUCAAUUGGAGCCUGGUUGUUCGAUUUUGAUGCAUAAUAAGGUUCUUUCUGUUGUUGGUUUACUUCAAGAUGAAGUUGAUCCAAUGGUGUCUGUAAUGAAAGUUGAGAAGGCUCCAUUAGAAUCAUAUGCUGAUAUUGGUGGCUUAGAUCCUCAGAUACAAGAGAUUAAAGAAGCAGUUGAGCUGCCGUUGACUCACCCUGAGCUUUAUGAAGACAUUGGUAUUAGACCUCCUAAGGGAGUCAUACUGUAUGGAGAGCCUGGUACUGGGAAAACUCUACUUGCAAAGGCAGUGGCAAAUUCGACAUCAGCUACUUUUCUACGUGUUGUUGGUAGUGAAUUGAUCCAGAAGUAUCUUGGUGAUGGUCCAAAAUUAGUUAGGGAACUCUUCAGGGUAGCUGAUGAUCUUUCACCAUCUAUCGUUUUCAUUGACGAAAUCGAUGCAGUUGGGACAAAGAGGUACGAUGCUCAUUCUGGCGGUGAACGUGAAAUUCAGAGGACUAUGUUAGAACUUCUCAACCAGUUGGAUGGUUUUGAUUCAAGAGGGGAUGUCAAAGUUAUCCUUGCAACAAAUAAAAUUGAAAGUCUUGAUCCAGCUUUACUUCGUCCUGGGCGAAUAGAUAGGAAAAUCGAGUUUCCGCUUCCUGAUAUCAAAACAAGAAGAAGAAUUUUUACGAUUCACACCUCAAAAAUGACACUGGCUGAUGAUGUCAACCUAGAAGAAUUUGUUAUGACCAAGGAUGAGUUUUCUGGAGCUGAUAUAAAGGCCAUUUGCACUGAAGCUGGGUUGCUUGCCUUGAGGGAGCGCCGUAUGAAGGUUACACAUACGGACUUCAAGAAGGCGAAAGAAAAGGUGAUGUUCAAGAAGAAAGAAGGCGUGCCCGAAGGACUAUAUAUGUGAAAAGCCUGCAUCUAUUUUCGACUAGAAUUAUAUAGAACUGUGUUUUUCCCCUUUAGUCCUUGUAUAUUUGUUCUUUUAAGUUAUGAUCCUGUGAAAUGUACUUUUGUAGAUGUUAUUUUUGCAUCUAUAAGUGCCUAGUUUUUGAUCAAUUA